AGAAUUCAUAUUAUUAUCAUAUUUAGUCCAAAUAAAAAAUUAUGAUGAGCAAGACUAUCUUAUAAACAAACUAGAUGAGUUUUGGAUUUUAUUCAGGAGUUUACAGAAAGAUAAUAUGUAUAUGAAAAGGAAAUAAUAAAUAAAAUAAAUAUAGAAUAUGACCUUUGAUGAAUAUGAAAUUUAGUGGUAUAAUGAAAAGAAAUGAGCAUCACAGAAAAAGGAAUAUGGAUGUGGAGGAACAUAUGUAGUGGAAACAAAGUUAUUUAUUCCAUUCCUUGCCAAUAUGUCCUGUUCUUCCCACCUCUUUCUCUUUUGCAUCUAAAUAUAGAGUAGUUUUCUGCUUUCUUUGGAAACGAUCCAUCUUUAACUAGAGAGUUUUGUAGCUUUGGAUUCAUCAAAUACUUGAAAUUUUGUUUAUUAGUGGCCUUUGAUGUAUAACACAUCAUUUCAUAAAAUUUCAUUAGCAAACUCGACUAAAAGUAUCUGAAUUUUUUUCCAAAGAAAACAAAAUAGUCAAAAUUUGAAAAAAAACAAAUUUAAAGAAAAGUCCUAGUGGCAAUAUAAUCAAAGAAAUACUUCAAACAUAAAAUUGUGAAGACACAUGCACAUAAUUAAGCUAUGGCUUAUUCCAUUGAAAACAAAAUUGCAAAAUUACAUCUCACAAAAAAUAUAGUAUUUCUUUCAGAACUUUCAUAGCAUAAGGUGUUAUAUAUGAUGAUGACAUGAGCAAACCAAUAAAAGAAGAAAGAAAAUCCAUAAGGUAUUUUUAGAUUUUAUUUUCAAAAAUGAUGGUUAAAAGUCGCCAAUAGUGAUUAAAAUAUACGGUAUUAAUUAGGAAUAAACAGCAUGGACAUUACAAGACUACAAGUGGUAUGUGAUAUAUCUCCAAGUGUAACUGUGUAAGACAGACAAUAAUACAUGGUCGUCUUUUUUAAGUCAUUGAGUUUAGUUUAUAAAAGGAAAAGUAGAGAACGAAGAGAAGAAGAGAAGCAAGCAACGUUUCUCUCUUAUUCCCUUGUGGUGUUUUAAUUAUUUUGUCCCUUUGUGUUGUUCUACGAGUAUCUGUGUGAGGAAGUUCUUCUUGGAGAGACUUUUUCUUAUGACGGGGAAACGAUCUAAGAAUCCUUGCAGAUCUGUUUCUCACAAGCUGUUCAAGGAUAAGGCCAAGAACCGUGUUGAUGAUCUGCAAGGGAUGCUAUUGGAUCUCCAGUUUGCAAGGAAAGAGAGCAGCGCUCUUGAUGUGACACUACUUGAGGAGCAAGUGAAUCUGAUGCUUCGUGAGUGGAAGUCAGAGCUCAACGAGCCGUCUCCAGCAUCAUCCUUGCAACAACAGGGUGGUGGUACUCUGGGGUCUUUCUCAUCAGACAUUUGUCGGCUGCUUCAGCUCUGUGAUGAGGAAGAUGAUGCAACCAGCAAGUUAGCUGCGCCCAAGCCCGAGCCUACGGAUCAGAAUCUUGAACCAUAUGGUCCGUUGGCUGAUCAUCGCAAAGAUCCUUCCUUAGUAGUUGGUAACAACUUGGACGGAACCGCUCAUUUGGAGUACAAUCUGCAGCAAGAGUUUGAACCAAGCUUCAAUGGUGGUUUCAAUGAUUGUCCUGGUUAUGGUGUAGAGGGUCCUUUGGAUAUAUCUGCUUUCAUCCCAAUAAUCUGUCCUCCACCCUCUGCGUUCUUGGGUCCAAAAUGUGCUCUUUGGGACUGUCCCAGGCCUGCUCAAGGACUCGACUGGUUCCAGGAUUACUGCAGCAGCUUCCACGCUUCUCUGGCUUUCAAUGAAGGUCCACCGGGUAUGAAUCCCGUUGUGCGUCCUGGAGGCAUUGGCUUGAAAGAUGGUCUGCUUUUUGCUGCUCUUAGCGCAAAGGCUGGAGGGAAAGACGUCGGUAUUCCUGAAUGUGAAGGAGCUGCAACUGCUAAAUCUCCAUGGAAUGCUCCAGAGCUCUUUGAUCUCACGGUUCUAGAGAGUGAGACACUAAGGGAGUGGCUAUUCUUUGAUAAGCCAAGGAGGGCCUUUGAGAGCGGGAACAGGAAGCAACGAUCUUUACCGGAUUACAACGGUCGCGGCUGGCACGAGUCACGUAAACAGAUCAUGAGCGAGUUUGGAGGGCUGAAGAGGUCUUACUACAUGGAUCCACAGCCUCUGCACCAUUUCGAAUGGCAUCUUUACGAGUACGAGAUCAACAACUGCGAUGCUUGUGCCUUGUACAGGCUUGAGCUCAAGCUCGUUGUUGAUGGGAAGAAGAACUCAAAAGGCAAAGUAUCAACUGACUCCGUGGCUGAUCUGCAGAAACAGAUGAGAAGACUCACUGCUGAGUUCCCUCAAGAAAACAACAACAACAAACGCUGCAUCAAAGGAAGGACUAAAGUGAACACAAAAGUGGCCACUGGAAAUGUUCAGAACACAGUAGAGCAGACCAUUGAGUAUGGAGUAGGUGAAGAGUUUAACUAUCUUGUCGGAAAUCUAACUGACUAUUAUGACAAUUGAGAAGAAAAGCUGUUGCUUCGCAUUUAAUCUGGCAGCAGCAGAAGACGCUUCUGCAUGACUAGUAUAUUUCUUUCUUAUAUAACUAUAACUAUCUCUAUCCAUGGAGUUUAUAUAUAUAUAUAUAACAAGGAAAUGCAGAAGACUGUCCUGGAGUUUAAGAGCUUGUUUCUUCUAACCCAAAGCAGGAAAGUUAACUGGAGAAGAAGACUGUUUUUAUGAUUCACUGACAUUCCGGUUUAAUGUAACCGAUGGGGUAUACAGUUUGAUCUCUGUUGAAUGAGAUAACCAGUUUUAUAUAAGCAAUAAAUCAUAUUCUACAUGUA